AUGUCACACGUUUAUGGCAUAACGCUUUCUGGCAAAUGCCUGGAAUGCAUUCGCAAGAUUGAAAACGGAACCGUCGGAGAGUGUACAAAAGAUGCCAACGGCACAGUCCUCAGUUGCGGACCCUUUCGUAUCGGUGAGGAGUACUGGAAGAUCUGCAGCAACGGAGGAAAGAACAAUGAUACAGUUACCUGUUCCAUGACCAUCACAAAAUCUGUUCCCUUAGAUAAGGAUUGGCAGACCUGCGCCAAACAACUGGCCUGCUCGGAAACAUGCGUGAGGAAUUACAUGUCCCUCCAGGAUACGGUGCCCACCGGAGGCAAUCGGUUCGUGACCUGCCCGAACAUCGCAUGCCUCCACCGCGAGGGCCCUAAGAGAUGCUCGGACGAGAAAGUCAGCAAGGACUUCUUGCAAAAGCACAGCAACGUGUGCUAG